AUUGAGGAAGUUGGUCAGUGGAUAAAGUAAGUGCAUGAGGGUGUACGUGUCUAUGAUUGUAAGAGUAACUUUUUACAUUGUAGUCCAAUCUCCAACUGGCCUGAAGAUAGUCACAAAAAGCUGAAGUAACUCAGCGGGCCAGGCAGCAUCUCUGAACAAAAGGAAUAGGUGACGUUUUGGGUCGCGACCCCUCUUUUCAGAUCCAAUGGGCCUGGAACUUUUUGCCACUGGAACAAGAGCUCAAUCUAGCAGAUACUGAAGAUGUUGACUGACACAACUCCCCAAGCAAGCACGGCCAACACGUCACAUGCCAACAUAACCAAGCCCUGCCCGUCCACCGACCAGUAUAAGUACAUGAUCUACUCUGCAGUCUACAGCCUUGUGUUCGUCAUUGGUCUGUUCUCCAACUUAUUGGCUCUCUUUGUGUUCUGUCGCAUUGCCAAGAGAAGGAAUGCCAGCACUAUUUAUCUCAUGAACCUUGCCAUUGCUGACCUCCUCUUCUGCCUCAGCCUACCUUUGCGUGUGGUGUAUUACCUGAGACAAGGUAACUGGCCGUUCGGAGAUUUUCUGUGCAGGAUCUCUAGCUACGUUUUCUACGUCAGUAUGUACUGCAGUAUUUUCUUCCUGACCGGCCUCAGUGUGUCUCGAUAUCUAUCUCUAGUUCACCACGCAGCGCAUCAAAGGGUGUUCACCUUCCGCCGCUGCAUUAUAACAUGCGUCAGUGUUUGGUUGUUUGUCUUAGUGUCUACAGCUCCGUUCCUUUUGAACGGAAGUCAACCAUUCAACGGCAAAGUCAAAUGUUUCGAGCCGGUGCAUGUGGAUUCCUGGACUCGAAUUGUGCAGUUGAAUUAUUUUGCUCUCAUUGUCGGAUUGCUGCUCCCGCUCACGAUCAUUGUCAUCUGCUACGCGCUGAUGAUAAGACACCUGGUGAGGUUUGACUGCAAAUCCAAACGGGUCAAGAGAGACGUGGCGAUGACCAUACUGGUCCUUGGGGUGUUCUUCAUCUGCUUCCUCCCCUAUCACGUACAGAGGACGGCGCACUUACACUUCCUGAUACAUCACCCUGACAACUGCGACCUGGAAAACAUCCUCCGCAAGACCGUGGUAGCCACACUGUGCCUGGCCGUGGCGAACAGUUGCAUUGAUCCCCUGCUCUAUGUCUUUGUGGGGCAAGGCUUCAGAACCUUCAUUAAAAUGUGGCUGAGGAAGAAAGAGGUUGACCCGGCCUACAACAAUUCCAGUAGCAUGUUUGCCAUCAGCUUGGCAUUCAUACAACAGAGUAGGGAGUUGGAGAUGUCCACAUUAGCACCACUAAACCCUGGUCCAAUCUUGGACAUUGAAGAAGCCCAGAAAGACCAUAGCAGGGCCAAGCAGGAAAACCAAAAUAACCUAUCUUUAGUGAAACAGUGAUGAUCUAACAUCCACCAGUUAGCAUGGUAAAUUGGCAAGUUUACCAGUGGGUUAACUGACAGACUAUCUGACCAUAUCAAUGGAUCAUUUCUGCCCGAUUGUCCAGCAGACAUUUCAAGAAUAUUGGGUUUGAGAAUAUGAACAAAAUAUAAUCGACUUCUUUUCUCGCCUCUCAUCCACCAGUCACUCGUAAAUGCGCAUGACUAUAAACAAUGCAACUUUAAUCAAGAAGCUUUAAAAUCGUUUUUUAAAAUGUGAUUAUAGAAGUAAGUUUUUCCAUACCUCACUUUCCAGCACUUUGUAGAUAUUUGUUGACUUUUUAAAGACAUUCUAGGGGUACAAUCCCCAAGAGACUUUGUUGUAAAGUAUACCGAGUCAACCUCAAGAAGACCUUGGAAAAAAGGUCACCUCAAACUCACAUGUGACCUCUGACCCGGAAGUGAGAGUUCCACCAUUGCACAAUGAAUGUAGAUGUCCUGAGGAGGUUCACAACCCAAAAUCAUGUGGAUCAACUUGCUUGUAAGAUGACAUAAAAGUUAAAAUGCUCAAACCAGAAAAUCAGGAGAAAAAGAACAUUAAUGUGGUAAGCUCCACAUACAGCAAUUCCUGAUUAAAAGCUGAUUGUUAAAAUCUGUUACUAUGGCAAGACUUCCCUUUAGAGCUCAAUUUAUGGAAGUGCGUCAGAUUGCAGUCAACUGUUACCAAAUUAAGAGAACUCAGACCCAAACUCAACGGGUCAGACAGCAUCUCUGGAAGAAAGGAAUAGGUGACGUUUCAGGUCGUGACCAUUCUUUGUCUUAACAUCUAGAUUAACAUCUCUUUAAAUGCAAGAGUUGACUGUGCCCUUACUCAUUGUAUACUGGGCAAGACAUUCUCUCUCAAGGAUAAUAAUUCGGAAUAAUAAGAAUAAAGUGGUCGGAAACAAGAAUGAGCCAGAUAGGAAACAGAGUAGCGAUUAACGGGUCCCUUUCAGAAUGGCAGGCAGUGACUAGUGGGGUACCGCAAAGCACGGUGCUGGGCCCGCAGCUAUUUACAAUAUAUAUUAAUGAUUUAGAUUAAG